CGGCUGCGCAGUCGUCGUCCCCCAGGAAAGAGAAUGGGCCGGCUCCGCCCCUUUAGGAAAGAUGGCGGAGUAUGUGGAGGUGUGGAAGAGGGCGAUACAGGCGCUCAGGGGCCAUGGCGGGCUUCUCGGGGCCAUGUUCCAGACGUUAAGAGUCAGUGAUCUGAAGGUUGGCGCAUUAAUUGGUGUUGAUAAGUAUGGGAACAAAUACUAUGAAGACAAAAGAUUCUUUUUUGGUCGUCACAGGUGGGUCAUAUAUACUGACAAAAUGAAUGGCAAAGAUACAUACUGGGAAGUGGAUGCAACCAUGGUGCCUCCUGAAUGGCAUCGUUGGCUUCAUUGUAUGACAGAUGACCCUCCGACUACACAUCCACCAGUGGCUCGAAAAUUCAUCUGGCAGAAUCACAAAUUCAAUCUUACUGGUACUCCUGAACAGUAUGUACCUUAUUCUACUACCCGUAAGAAAAUACAAGAGUGGAUCCCUCCUUCUACACCUAAUAAGUGAAAGGAAACAACAUACUGAUUUGUGAAUAAUUGCACCUACAGUGUGAACUGUAUCUUCCUGCUGUGUUUAAAAUAAAAGCUUUCAACAGAUUAAAACAAAACUGUGAGCAGUGGAUGGCCAGAAAUAAAAUACACAAUAAAUUAUCAAAGUAAAUAUGUAUGGAAUCUUUCUGUCAAAAGGAGUAUUAGUAUAAUAUAGACUUUCAUGAACUGAAGUCUGCUUCAUCAAACUGAAAAACUCACAAUGCAAUAAAUCAUUCCCAAGGUGUUGCAAAACUUUUAUUGUGUUCUCUCUGCAACAGACGUAGCGUUGCUGUCCCUUUGGAAACCUUUUGAAGAUACUGAGCCAUAUUUUGUCUGGUAUUAUUUACUCUUGAAAGUGUUUUUAAAUCUAGGACUAUUAUGGAUCCUUUCCCAAGUUUUUACUAUUGGAAACAUUUAAGUUUUAUUUCUGAAUAACAGUACAUCAUAGCCUGAAGAAGAAGACAAUUACCUUUGGUUGUUGUGGGUUUUUCGGGCUCUUUGGCUGUGUUCUGAA